AUGGCCGCCAUCACGACGGACCACCAGGCUUCGCUGGCUUCCAUAGGCCUCGAGCGCUCCAUUUCCCAGCGCAGUACCUCGUCUGUUCGCUCCCACCGCAGCGCCCUGCGCUCCGGCAAGACGCGUCGCCUCAACUCCCAGGCCAGCACAAGCAGCCGCUCCUCGUCCAGCAUCACUGCUAGCGACAAGUCUCUGACCAGCUUCCCCAGCUUUGGCGCACCAGGCAGCGCCACCGCCGACGACCGCCUCAAGACGGCCACGCAAGAGUCCGAGAACCGUCGCUUCCGCACCAUUACCGGCCGGCCCUCCAUCGUCGACAGCUUGACCGACAGCGAUAACGCCGUCUCGCGCCAGGCCCUGUUUGAGGAUGGCGUCCUUGGCAGAUCCGUCCCCGGCGCCUUGCACCAGGCCCCCGACGGCCACAUCGAGCGUCUGAUUGCCCGCCAUGGCGCCGUGUGCUUGGUUAGGCAGCUAGCCCAGGACCUGGCCCAGCGCGAUACCCAGAUGGCAAGCCUGCGACGCCGCGCUGAUGAGCGAGAACGCACCCUGCGGCGCAUCAUCCGUGAAUGCGGCCUCUCUACCAUGGACCUCGAGACCAGAUUACGCGCCGUAGACGCCGAGAUAAAGACGGCAAACGGCUCCCAAGGAAACGCCUUCACCCAAGAUGGUGGCUUGACCGACCUCAUGAGCGACGCCAUGCAAGACACCGUGUCCGAGAGUGUAUACGGCGAGACUGACCUCUGCAACUCGACCGUGCGACUCGGGUCGGCUACGGUGUCCGCCAGCGCUGGCGGUCUAGGCAAAAGCACUCUUCGCGGCUGGAAAGAUAUGCUUUGGGGCGCAGGCACACCUAAGAAAUCGAGUCGUGGCAGCAGCGUCAACGGCGAUGCCGCUACCGCUCUGCGGUCACAUUCAAGUCUCGACCGCCGACCCACCCUCCAAGACGACCUCUUUGAUCCGCCCGACGCCCGAUCUCUCCGAUCUUCCAGUCGAACAUCUAGCAUAUACUCGGGCGCUAGUGAGAAUCGCAGAACGCCAGCCUCCUUAGCUAGCCUCGCCCUCAAGCUGGUAGCCGGUGGCAGCAACGUCCAUACAGAGCCCAGGGGACGCGCUGUCAGCACUACAACUGCGACAGCAUCUGCGCGUGCAGCAUCCGCUGCCAGCCACAAGACGACGCCCUCUGCAAGAUCUGCCUCUGUGGCCGGACCCAAGGCCCUUAUGGCCAUGCGACGCCCGACCCCAGGCCCGGCUGCUGCUCCCGUAAGCUCUAGAGCCCAGGCACAGGAGCUCUGGGGAGGCAUGGCUGGCAGUCCACCAAAAUCAGCAGCUGCUCAGCAAGAAAGCUAUGGCCCCGUGGAAAUGGAUGCUAUUCUGCCGCCUGGAUCACAGCCCCCGACUCUAACGCAAAUGUACAAUAAUUCCGGCAACAGCGCACUUUUGACGGACCGAUUCGGCUUCAUCUACGAUCAGCGCCGCAAGAAGCGACAGCGUGAGGCGCAGCAGAUGACUUACCGUGUUCGCAAAGGUAGCCGCGCAGAAAUGCUCAUGAAUGGCCGAAAUGGCAUCUCGCCCAAUCUACUAGACGACCUGCCGAGCCCAAAGUGGAGCGAGAGUGACGGGCGACCUGGCACACCAGGCAGCAUGGAAGACAAGCUUGUAGACGAGGGAAAGCCAAAGCGAUGGCAAGACUACUUGAGUAUUGCCACAUUUCCCACAGAGUUGUUAAGUCAUACACCGAGCAUGAGCGCUUCCGCGUUGGAAGUCCUCGAGGCUGUAGAAAUGAGCCGAGAGUCGGAGCAGCAGGCCAACGAACCGACGAAGCCGCAAACAAUCAAGCCCACUGGUGCUGGCUUGGUACCUGUCGCCAGUACAACAACCACCGCUGUCGAUAACCAACCAACACAACCUUCCGAGUCUGAGUCUGCUGCAUCUGUCACACACCAGGACGACAGCGAGCCUGUAAAGCUAUUAUUGCAGCAGCUUAGCGAGGUGCACGAUUCGCUGCAGCGAGACAAGACGGUGCGAUGGAACGACUUUUUGCGAAAAGUGCGCGCGGAGCGCAAGCGUGAGGGCGAAGCAGCUGUUGCCGCUGCAAAUGCCGCUGCCGAAGCGCGCUACGAGAGACCGGCCGUCAUCCUCCCCGAGACUCGCGUCGCAGACGGCGAGAUGAUUGGCAUCUCUGGGCUCGGAAACAAGGGCAAAGUCGGACGGGCCAAGUGGAAUGAAUUCAAGACGCUUGUUCUUGGGGGCAUCCCUGUCGCAUACCGCUCCAAGGUGUGGUCUGAAUGCUCUGGCGCUACCGCGCUGCGGGUGCCUGGCUACUACGAUGAUAUUGUGGCGCAGAGCGGUGAAUCGGAUGAUCCGGCUGUUGUCAGCCAGAUUCAAAUGGAUAUUCACCGCACGCUGACGGACAAUAUCUUCUUCCGCGAGGGUCCUGGCGUGGCGAAGCUCUCCGAGGUGCUGCUCGCGUAUUCUCGACGCAACAAGGAUGUGGGCUACUGUCAGGGUAUGAACCUCAUCACCGCCAAUCUCCUCCUCAUCACACCCUCCGCUGAAGACGCAUUCUGGAUCUUGGCCUCGAUUGUCGAAAAUAUUCUCCCGCACGGCUACUAUGAUCAUUCGCUCAUUGCCUCGCGCGCCGACCAGCAAGUCCUGCGGCAAUACGUUGCCACCGUCCUGCCGAGGCUGUCGGCGCAUCUCGACGCGCUUUCCAUUGAACUGGAAGCUCUGACCUUUCAGUGGUUCCUGUCCGUCUUCACCGACUGCCUGUGCGCCGAGGCGCUGUUCCGCGUCUGGGACGUGGUGCUGUGCACAAACGACGGCAGCACGUUUCUGUUCCAGGUAGCGCUGGCCCUUCUCAAGCUCAACGAGCGCAACCUACUGCAGCGCGACACGGCCGCCGGCCUCUAUACGUACAUUAAUCACCACAUGACGGAGCACGCCAUUAGCAUCGACGGGCUCCUCCAGGCAAGCGAGGGCCUGCGUCGCGUCGUCCGUCGCGAGGACGUCGAGGACAAGCGCAACAAGGCGAUUCAGGCGGAACGUGACCUUAUUGCGGAGCGCACUGGAAGCCAGGCUGCACGCAAGCGGGUUGCCAGCGACACAGCGGGCAGUACGGACUCAGCGGCGCCGCUGACGAUGGAAGAGUCUCGCCCGAUGGAGUGA